AUGAAUACGUUGGGUUGUUAUUUAACAGUGGAUGAUGAUGAAUUUCUUGAUAUGAUUACUAACGAAUUAAACAAAUACAAUUCAGUGAAGAAAUCGACCUUUAUUCUUCUUUUCCCAUCAUUACCAGCGCGCCAUCGAUUACUUUUGCAUCGACUUCGUGAACGAGAUUAUUCGAAAUUGUUCAGUUUUUCUGUUGGAGAGAAUAGAGACACACGACGAACGAUUAUUUGUUUUAAAUCACAAUUAAUGGAAGAAACGACUGCAACACCACCAUCGAACGAAACAUCCACAGUGUCUAAGGCAGCAUCAUCGAAUUCCAACGACGACUCGUCCUCUAAACGUCGACCAGAUCAAGCUUUGUACAAACCACCGCGUCGGAGUAAGAAUCUCGAAGUGACUAAUUCUCCUACUCCUCCUCCACUACCCCCCUCAUCGCCAGCAAUCGCCACUGAGGAUAGUCAACAAAGCAAUGAUGCUCCAAAACCAGUGAAAACUAAAACGCCUCGCCCAUCGCUUGAACCUUAUCGACCACCUUCCAGACGAAGUCAACCUGUAGCUAAAGAAAUAGUUCCUGUUGCAUCAACAUCAACAACGGAGAAAAAAUGUGAAGAUAGUGAAGAGAAAAAAAUUGUCAAAGACGAACAAGACGAAGAAGAAGAGGAUUGGGAAAAACUAUUCGAUGGAAAUGAUAAUUUGGUUGAAGAAAUUCAAUCGAGAUUCAAAGAAAGUGUUCAGAUAAAAAAGCCAGUUAAUGAUUAUUCCAAAUGGUCAAUUGAUGACAUUGUAAGCAAAGAAGCUGAUCUCGCACAUAUCGUUGAAGUAUCGAAUUUUCCAUCAACAUUUCACACUGAAGAUCUUUCCAAUGCAUUUAAAAUCCUCACUCGAAGUAGCUUUGAUAUUAAAUGGGUGGAUGACACACAUGCAUUGAUAGUCUUCCCCGAUGCUGGCGCAGCUUUGGAAGUGUUACAAUUAGAACACCCGAUGUUUAAGGUUUGUUCUAUGUCUCAAGCGUCGGUUGCAUCGAAGAAAAAAUCGAAAAAUGCCGGCGAAUUUCUUCAACCGUACAAGGCGCGUCCUCAGACAUCGUCACUAACUGCUAAUCGUCAAAUAUGCGCCGCAUUGGGUGUGAAAACUUCGAUGAGUAGUAAUAAAACAAAGAUCGAACGUCAAAAAAUCGAAAGUGCUAAACAACAGAAAAUCCGUGACAAAGAAGAACAAAAUGCCGUCUGGGAUGGCGCAGUUUUCCCUACUACACCAACCAACUGA